AUGAACAGACACAACAGCUCGUACAAUGGAUGCGAGAGUACGUUGCGGUCGUCCGCAGACAUCCCAACAAUCAAGGACAAGCAAAGUCACACUGGUUCAAGGAAUGGAAUGAAGUGGAUGACAAAGCUCGCCGCAGACCCGCGAUGCCAUGGCGCUAUGGCUCCCUCCCCCUUCUUUCAUUUCCACUCUUCUCUGUGUCAAAUAUCUCCGCGUGUUCCGCUCAGUGACGAAGAAGCGGAAGAUCUGGUUGGUUACUUGCCCGAAAUCCUCUGGUUAUCUCUAACCCUGAUUUCAGAGGAGGCACGCUUGCAGCUAAACCCAACGAGGCGCUACGACAAUCAAGGCAAUUGCGUAGCAUUUUCCCCGCGUGAUCCUUUUUUCAUGGAUGAACAGGACCGGAGAGGAUAUUUGCUUGAGGCAAUCCGGGAUGAACGCGCUGAGCAGCUCAGAGCCAUUUGCGACGUCUUCAACCUCGACCGAGUGCACAGCGCGUCUUUCCAACACCAAUAA